AUGAAGGCUCGAAGUCGUGAUUACCAGAUUUUUAUUAAAGAGCCUUCAAAGCUGCUUGAAUUGAUUCCCGACCCGACAGGUUCAGGUGUCCUGGUCAGAGACCAUAAAGUUCCGAGUUCGAGUAAAGAACUCGUCGGUUUACUUGUUGCCAGCCGGUCAGAAGGACGGCUCACAGGAUCCCUUUGGACGACUCGUUGUAGGCUCGAUCGUCAACAGCUGGAGAAGAAGAUGCUCAUGAUGCUCGGACUCGAGGUGAGGAGCCUUCAGGACGAAUCGCAUGGAAACCAGCGUUCUGGGUUCGAACUCCGGUGGCGUCGAUUUUUGAAACAGGCAUGGACGACGCUGGCCUAG